GCCGCAUCAACAGUCGCUGUCGGCUGGACAGGCGGCUGACUCUUGUCUGCCUUUGAGAGUGCGUGUGUCUGAAUGAGUUGUGUGAAUGUGAGUGAAGGGAGUCCAUACUGCCCUGAAACCAGGAUGGAUUCCAAAAACGUCCGCUUCCUCUACAGCCAGCGCUGUAAAGAGAUCCGUGCCCAGCUGGUCGAGCAGCUCAAGUGUCUGGACCAGCAAUGUGAGCUGAGGGUGCAGCUGCUUCAGGACCUGCAGGACUUCUUCAGAAAGAAGGCCGAAAUCGAGAUGGACUACAGCCGCAACCUGGAGAAGCUGGCUGAAAGGUUUCUUACAAAGACGCGCAGCACCAAGGAUCAUCUACUCAAGAAGGAGCAGAGCAUUUUAUCGCCGGUGAACUGCUGGAACCUGUUGCUGCUUCAGGUGAAGAGGGAGAGCCGCGACCACGCCACUCUGUCUGACCUCUACCUCAACAACAUCAUUCCCCGGUUUGCACAGAUCAGCGAGGACUCAGGACGCCUCUUCAAGAAGAGCAAAGAGGUCGGCGUGCAGCUGCAGGAGGACUUGAUGAAAGUUCUUAAUGAGCUUUACACGGUGAUGAAGACAUACCACAUGUACAACACUGACAGCAUCAAUGCCGAGUCCAAGCUGAAGGAGGCAGAGAAGCAGGAGGAGAAGCAGAUGGGACGCUCGGGUCGACAGGAUGACCGUCAGACACCGCGCUCCCCCGACACUCUGGCCAGCAUCAAGACAGACGAGAAACCUGUCCGACGGUCCAGUGUCAAAAAAAUCGAGAAGAUGAAGGAGAAGAGACAAGCUAAAUACACAGAGAACAAGCUGAAGGCCAUCAAGGCCAGGAACGAGUACCUGCUGGCUCUUGAGGCAACCAACGGCUGUGUCUUCAAAUAUUACAUCCACGAUCUCUCUGACAUCAUUGAUUGCUGCGACCUGGGCUACCAUGCCAGCCUGCACCGCGCCCUGAGGACCUACUUGUCUGCAGAGCAGAACGUAGAGACGUCCAAACACACCGGCCUGGAGACGCUGGAGGGAGCUGCCGAGAGUCUGGAGCCCAACGGGGACAAACAGAAACUGAUGGAGACCUACAACAACGUUUUCUGCCCACCAGCUCGCUUCGACUUCCAGUCCCACAUGGGAGACACGAUGGGAGUGAUGUGUGCACAGCAGCCAGUGGAAGGCGAGCUUCUCCAGAGGUGUCAGCAGCUGCAGUCCCGCCUCUCUACACUUAAGAUUGAGAAUGAAGAGGUGAAGAAGACCAUGGAGGCCACCCUGUCCACCAUUCAAGACAUGGUGACGGUGGAGGACUAUGACGUCUCUGAGUGCUUCCACCACAGCAACAGCAUGGAGUCAGUCAAGUCUACUUUCAGCGAAUCCUAUCUCAGCAAACCCAGCCUGGCUAAACGGCGGGCCAAUCAGCAGGAGACGGAGCAGUUUUACUUCACAAAGCUGAAGGAGUUUCUGGAAGGCAGGAACCUGAUCACCAAGCUGGAGGCUAAGCAUGACCUCAUCGAGAAGACCCUCGGAGAGAGUCAGAAGACCGACUGUUGCCUUGCCAGUGGACGGAGAAACUCGGCAGUACGGAAGCAGGAGUCGGGUGAAGCCAUUCCUCUGAUGGUCGAGAGCUGCAUCCGCUUCAUCAGUCGCCAUGGUCUGCAGCAUGAAGGCAUCUUCAGAGUGUCGGGCUCUCAGGUUGAAGUCAAUGACAUCAAGAACGCUUUUGAAAGAGGAGAGGACCCACUGGCUGGGGACCAGAAUGACCAUGACAUGGACUCUAUUGCUGGUGUACUGAAGCUCUACUUUAGAGGGCUGGACCACGCCCUCUUCCCUAAAGAAGUCUUCCAUGACCUCAUAUCCUGUGUCUCAAUGGAGAGCCUCCAGGAGCGGGCAAUCCACAUUAAGAAAGUUCUGCAGUCGCUGCCAAGUAAAACCCUCAUCAUCAUGAGAUACUUGUUUGCCUUCCUCAACCACCUGUCUCAGUACAGCGAGGACAACAUGAUGGACCCCUACAACUUGGCCAUCUGUUUCGGCCCCACCCUGAUGUCUGUCCCUGAAGGCCACGACCAGGUCUCUUGCCAGGCCCACGUCAACGAGCUCAUUAAAACUAUCAUCAUCCACCAUGACAACAUCUUUCCGGGGCCACAGGACCUGCAGGGCCCCAUCUAUACCAUCCCCGGAGCGGGAGAUGACUUCUGUGACAGUCCGCACUGUGAGCCCCCCCUUGUGGAAGAGCCAGCGCCUGACACCGUCUCUGUCACCCACAACAGCGAAGAUGGCUCCUUGGCUGUUUCAGAGUCUGAGCCAGUCGAAGCCAUCGCUCGGUUCGACUACACCGGCCGAACUGCUCGGGAGCUAUCGUUCAAGAAAGGAGCGUCUCUGCUCCUGUUCCAGCGAGCCUCUGAUGACUGGUGGGAGGGACGACACAACGGAGUGGACGGACUGGUGCCGCACCAGUACAUUGUGGUCCAAGACAUGUCUGAUGUGGGACGGGGAAGUCCAAAGCCUGAUGUGGACAGCAGGGACCUGCUGGAGGAGAGGGUGUCCACUCGAGGCAGCGCUGCCUCUCCCACAGGAGCUCACGUGGCUGACAUCUAUCUGGCCAACCUGAAUAAGUUAAGAAAACGGCCUGAGCCCGGGAACAUCCGAAGACCGUUCCGCUCAGAGAGCGACACUACAAGUCCAGGACCCAGCGGAGGGGGAGGAGGGGUGAGAACGGCUUCUCUCCCUGUAGGCAGUGCUCUGAUAAAAGAAGCAGGAGACAAACGACCCGUCAGUGCUCACAGCAUCCUCAACUCAGUCACUCGCCACUCCUCACUCAAGACCAAGGUGGAGAGUCCACAGUUACGGAAGACGACUACAGCGGCCCGCUCCAAGAGCUUCAGCAACCACAGACCACUAGACCCUGAGGUCAUAGGCCAGGUGGAGCACAGCUCACAGGACAUUGAGGCCACCAUGAGCUCUACCCUGAGUGAGCUGAGUAAGCUGGAAAGACAGGGCACCCCGAAGCAUACGCACACCCCCGACGUGGUGCUGGACACACUGGAGCAGCUGAAAGGUGUUGGUGGUGGAGGAGGAGGAGCCUCGGAGCCUUCCAGUCCUCUCCACUCCCGUCUGCUGCGGGACAGCGAGGGGGGCUCCUCGCACGGCCAUCCACUUCAGCGCAGUGCCUCCUCAGCCAGCGACGUGCCCUCCUCUUUCCGCCCCGCCAAGAGCCAGCCGCGGAGCCCCCUGCCCUCUGCCACGUCCCCCUCUCUGUCCUCCUCCUCCCUCUCCUCGUCUGUACCUUCCUUUAGAGAGCUGCGCCCCCCAGCAACAAGGCCCAAGCCCGUUGUGUUCCCAAAGAGUGGAGGAGGCAGCAGCAGUCCGGCGAUGGGCUCCCCGACCUCCACCGUCCCCCCUACGCCUCCUCCUCCCCCUGCAGGCCACACACACUCUCUCCCCCACACCCCUCCUCCCCCUCCUCCACCCCAGUCUAAUGACAAAUCCUGCCCAGCUUAGGUCACCUCAGACUGAAUACUGAUUCUUACAAACUCUUAGAUUCUUACAGCUCUUCUACCAGGUGCCAAAAGCACUUCAUUCAUUUUCACACAGUCCCCUAACCCACUACUCACGUGUAGCAUUCACUUGUUGGUGUCCGCGCCACUUCUGUCAAGAGUUUUUUCUGCUCUCUCCUGGCAGCUCUCGUUUACUAUCACGGACCCUUCAAAGACACUUCUUUUUCUUGCCACCACAGAGAUUCCAGAGGUCGCUGGAUUUUGAAAAUCUUUGACGAGGGAACAGGACUUAAGGUGGACACCUACAGAUUUACAGCACCUGGAGCUUACUACACUUGUUUGUGACAUAUGAAUUUGUGUUUGAGUGGGCGUGAGUGUUACUUGCCUUUACACACACAUCUACGUGAGGAACUGAGAAAAAAAAAAAAAAAAAAGAAGCACUGUUUGAUUUUGUAUAGUAGACAUGACAGGAAUUUAGUUUUUGUUUUUUCCUUCUUCUUUUUAAUGACCCCAUGACUAGCAGACUGGAUGGGAGUGUUUGAUUUCUUUGAAUAGACUGUGAAAUGCUAAGCUCUCACUCUGUGUAGAAAUGAAACACACUGACUUGCUGCUUCAGAAGUGGAAGACUGGAGUUAAAAGGUGGACUUGUGGGGAUGAUGAGAGGAAUGAAAACUGGGCCAAAUAUCAGUGUAAGUCAUGUGAUCAAGAGCUUUACUUUAUCUCUUCCUCCAGUGUUUGAUAUGUUUGUGAUUAUUUUUUAAAUUGCUGUUUAGUACUAGUACCACAACAGGAGCAUAACAUAACAUAAAGCUAACAUGGCCAACAGUAAUCCUAAAUCCAUUUAUAGCAAUAAAAAUAAUGAAAGCUGAUAAUUCGUGGCAUUAUGCUGCUUUUCUCCUGCAGCUCUGUUACGUUUGUAGGGGACCACUGAAACCCAGCAUUUUUGUAUUUAAUGUUGGACUGUACACCAACACACGUGCACAUUUUCCCCAAAUGUGCAUGUGGUGGUGUUUUGUGGCAGCUAAACGCCUUUCAGGUUUUCUUUGCAUGCUGGGGCCAUAGACAGCAGCCACAAUAGCAAGCUGGCUGAUUGCAGUACCAGCUAUGAGACAACUUCAAAAAAAAGUCCCAUCUUGCUCCUUUUUGACUAUAUACUUCAGACUUAACAGUUAAAACAACAACAAAAAAAACAAAGCAAAAAAAAAACAAGGGUUUCAUUAUUCUAAUAGUGUGUAUGUAUAUUUAAUAAUCAUGAUGAUAACUGGAAGCAUGGAGCUGAGGAUCCUCCUGAGUGUGUUUAGAUAAAAGCACAACCAACCACCUCAUCUGAUGCGUUCUUAAGCAAAGUUUUCUUUAUGUUCUUUUUUAAAUGUUUUGUUUCUCCCAGUUGACGCUCAGAAAAUAUUUUUGAGGGUAGAACGUGUAGCCGUCUGGAGGUAUGCAUGUGUGUGCGCCUGUGUGAGCAUGCAUGGAUAAACAGCAUGUAUGCACCUCACCCAACCCCUUUCUACUCAUCAUAAAUGGAAAUCACUUAUCCCACAAUCUGGAGAACUAGCAGCCUUAGUGCUGGGAGAGAAAAAAAAUGCACUCUAUACAUGUGAGCAGGUAAAAAGCCUGCGGGGAUACCUGAAAUGUCUUCAGUCACUGUUGUAACAUCAGUGGCAGGCCAGCUUUAAGUAGAAAGAAAACCCAAAUCUAAUCUUUGUUUGAUAUUAUUUGCUAUUUCCAAAAUUAGAUCUGGUGGUAAAAUAAGGAAUAUGUGAAUAAUGUUGCAAACACUGACUUAAGAACAUGCCAUUCAGGGUCAACUUAAUAAAGCCUUUUUUUUUUGGUCGUAUUUUUCGAGAAAAUACUGAACUCACUUUACCCAGGUAUCCUAUCACGCCUUUGCCCUUUCUCCACAACCCCUUCCUCCCCCCCCAAAAAAAAAUAAAACAGCACAUACUGCAUUCCUGUAUGCUCUCUUCCAGGUAAUGAAUCGUUAUUGUUAAGGGUUUUUUUUUUUUAUUAAUCUCUGUAUACUGUUUGUGUAUUACCUGGUGUAUUUGUGUUGCUCUUACCUCAUCGUGACAACUGGAGGGACUGUGUGUGUGUGUGUGCGCGCGUGUUUGUGGUGCAGAAACAUGAACUACUCGCCUCAUCAACACACACGCUCUCACACACACACAUACACAUACAGACAUGCAUGUGGGUGGUUGGUGUGUUUUGUCCCGGUCGUGCUGUCGAGGGGAGCUGGGACCCUCUUCGAUCUCGAAUCAAUCAUCGUGCACUUGAACAACUUGGCUUGCAUGUGGACUAACUGUGUGGGGAUGAUAUGUUGGAGUUGAAUAUUGUUAAAUAUGCAUUUUUGUGUCCAAUUGAAAACAGCAGAACUAAAAAAAAAACAACAAAAAAAACAAGACUGUAAUGUCAAAUCUAUUUAUAGUUGUCUCUGUAUUACUGGAGAAUCCUGUGUUCAGAUGUACUUUGUAUAUACAAUGUUGUACAUUACAGAGGUACACUCUUUUUUUGGUACAAUAUUGUACAGUAAUAGCAAUAGUAGUUUAAUCAAAUAGGCCUUAUAUAAUUCUAUGUGUAGUUCUUGUAGUUCUGUUUUUUAAUAAACAUUGCUUGCUAUAAAGA